AUGAUUCGAAAUAAGGAUACGGACAGGGCAGACUUUAUCUUUUACUCAAAUCGCAUUAUCCGUCUCCUUGUCGAGGAAGGCCUGAAUCACCUUCCCGUCAUCGAGCAUGACAUCACAACCCCCGUUGGACGCACGUACAAUGGACUUAUGUUCCAGGGGAAAAUCUGCGGCGUGUCUAUCAUGAGAGCUGGAGAGGCAAUGGAGCAGGGUCUUCGAGACUGUUGUCGGUCCGUCCGUAUCGGCAAGAUUCUCAUCCAGAGGGAUGAGGACACGGCGCAGCCUAAACUCUUCUACGACAAACUCCCGGAGGACAUCGCGGAACGAUGGGUGCUUCUACUCGACCCAAUGUUUGCGACAGGUGGCUCGGCCAUCAUGGCUGUUGAGGUAUUGAAGGCACGAGGUGUGCCAGAGGACCGCAUCCUGUUUCUCAACUUGAUCGCGAGCCCUGAAGGAGUGGGAAAUUUCGCCACGAAAUUUCCUCGGCUCAAAGUUGUCACCGCCUUCAUUGACGAGGGCCUUGAUGAAAAGAACUACAUAGUCCCUGGCCUGGGCGACUUUGGCGAUAGGUUCUACACCAUCUAA